CUUUGGUUUAGCGCAGUUCGGAAGUGACGUUUAAGUGAACUCACACGUGUGGAGAACAGCAUGUUUUUGCACCACAUGUUUGUGUUUAUGUGACUUUAUAAACCCUCAUCGGAGCCGAUCUAAAACACGAGCAGCGGGUCAUGACGGGUGAACAGGAGCGGUAUCCGCCGCCGAUCUUCAGCGGAGCGGCAGAUGCUUCACUGGCGGCUCACUGGAGCAGCUCCACACCGCAGCACAGUAAGUUCGAGGCGUCCAGAGACUGGAGCUGGACUCAAGCCGCGCCGGCCGGACCCUGGAGCUCGAACCCCGGCCAGCAGCACCAUCAGCAGCCGCUGUAUUACGGACAGCAGCAGUACGCAGGUCAUCAUCAUAAUCAUCGUCGUAAUGUCUGGCGGGGUCCAGGGCAGCACCAGUGGGGUAAAAAGAAGCAGCAGAAAGAGCCUGAGUUCAGUCAUUUCUGUGACCCGUGUGACCGAGGCUUCAAAACUCAAGACAAAUAUGAUGAACACAUCUCACAGCACGUGAAGUGUUCUGUUGAAGACUGUCGUUUCACUGCACAUGAGAAGCUGGUGAAGAUCCACUGGAGAAACAAUCACGGUCCAGGAGCCAAGAAGAUCAAACUGGACACGGCAGAGGACGUCGCCAAAUGGAGAGAAGAGAGACGCAGAAACUAUCCGACGCUGAGGAACGUGGAGAAGAAGCUGAAGCUGGUGGAGGUGAAGGAGCAGCGAGGAGACGUGCUGGAGACGCCGCAGUUCGGGCGCAUCAAGAGCCACAGCAGGGGCCGCGGCGGAUCUCAUCAGCUGACCUCACUGAAGCGGCCGCAUCAGGACCGAGACCCGCUCGCAGCGCUGGCCGACAGCGAGCCCGAGUCUGAUAAGGACGAGUCUGUUGAGCAGACGCAGCCUGGACUCACCGUCGCCCCCAAGUGCGUGACCUCUGCCCUCGGGUCACUGAUGUCCAGCUAUGGGGACGAAAUGACCAGCAGCGAGAGCGAAGGAGACACAGACGACGCUGCUGUGUUGAAGGCGAGUCUGGCUUUAGAGGAGAAUAAGAUGUUACUGGACGCUCAUGCACCUCCUGUCCAGAGGAGCACAGCACUGCAGGAGGAAAAACACACAGACAGACCACAGCAAUCCCAUCAUGCCCCGGGCGGCAGAGGAAGAGGCAGAGGGAGAGGACGAGGACGAGGAGGAGGAGGAGGAGGAGGAGGAGGAGGAGGUCGAGGCGGUUGCAGUAAAUCUGCUGAACCACAGCGACAUCGACCGACACUACUAGAGAUGCUGCUGGCUCCUGACAUCCGUCACGAGAGGAACGUCGUUCUGCAGUGCGUCCGCUACAUCGUCCGUAACGGAUUCUUCGGUCUGGCUGGUAAAGACUGUCAGGAAAUCAAAGUGUCUUCGAACACAAACAAUGGUGACGCAUCCGAUGAAGACGUCACUAGAGAUGAAGGACGACGCUCGGAUCCUCAGACGGACCCUGAGAAGCGCUCAGAAACCGCGUGUGACGUCACAUGUGCGAAUGAGAGUCCAGCCGGAGCCAGUGUGUUCCGGCAGCUGUUCGCUCAGGGUUUGGUGUGUGACGAUCCAGAGCAAACAUGAAGACUGGCAGAUGAACCGGACUAACCCAUCAGUGAUGCAUCAUCACCUCCACAUCAGACAUACCAAAUCACGAGCGACAGAUGAGCGAUCAGAACACGCCAAACUCAUCAGGUCAUGGAGUGAACACAUGACUUAUGGUGAAAGUCACUGACGUGUUUGAAGCAUCUGAUGAACGAUUCAUGGUGCUGCAGGAACUAAAGACAGUCAACGCAAAGACAAUCAAAGAUGAUUCCUAUGGAAGCUUAUUUCUGCCACACAAUAAAAAAUGAAAAGGGUAAUUAUGACUUUUUAUCUCACAAUUCAGUCUUGCAAUCAUGAGUUUUUAUCUUAUAAAUUCAGAGUUUGCAGUUGCGAAUUUAUAGCUCAUAAAUAGCAAUUAUAGCAAUUCUGAGAAAAAUUUGUGAGGUACUUUUUUUUUUUUUUUUUUUUUUUUUUUCUCACGGUUGCGAGUUUAUAUGUCGCAGAAUUACCUUUUUCAGAAUUAUCGUAUGUAAAUUUGGAAUUGCAAGUUAUAAAGUCUGUAUUGUGAGAUAAAACCUUGGCACUGCGAAAAAAAUCUGAAUUGUCAGAUAUAAACUUUAUCUCACAAUUCAGACUUUUUUAUCUGAGAAAAACAGUCAGAAUUGCAUAAAUGAAGUAAAAAAUUACUUUUUCCUUUCGGUUGCAAGAUUAUAUUUAGCAAUUCUGACGUUUUUCAGAAUUAUAAGAUGUGAACUCGGAAUUGCAAGAAAAAGUCAAAAUUGUGAGAUAUAAACUCUGAAUUGUGAGGAAAAAGGCCAAAUUGUGAGAUGAUAAAAAUUGUGAAAUCGCAAUUGUGGGAAAAAAAACAUUCCAAACUUGCAAUUCUGAUUAUUUUUUCCCCAGAAUUGACAUAUAAACUCAAAAUUUUGAGUUAUAAAGUCAGAAUUGCAAGAUACAAACUUUUAAUCCCACAAUUCUGACUUUUUGUCGCAAUCGUGAGUUUUUAUCUCAUAUUUUGGACUUUCCGCAAUUGGGAGUUUAUAGCUCACAAUUGUGAAAUAUAAACUCGAAAUUAAGAGUUAUAAAGUCUACAUUGUAAGAUAUAAACUCGAUUGCAAGGAAAAAGUCUGAAUUGUGAGAUAAACAUGCAGUUUAUUUCUAGCAAUUGUGAAUUUAUUUCUCACAAGUAUGUCAUUUUUUUUCAGAAUUGCGACAAACUUGGAAUUGUGACUUUUUUCAGAAUUGCGAGAUAGUCCGCAUUGUGAGAUAAAAAGUUGCAAUUGUGAGAAAGUCGCAAUUACUUUUUUUUUUUUUUUAAAUUCUGUAUCUGAAACAAGCUUCCAUAGAUUUGUUUUUCACUUUUUUUUUAUUUUUAUUUACUAAUCAUAUGUUUGUUCUUUAAAAAGAAAAGAUGACGACAAUACAAAUGAAUUUGUAUAACAAAUCUGUGUGAUGUUUCCAUCAGUUUUCUGCACUGAAGCUCACAGAUGUUGUUGUCAGCAGGUCAAUAAAGGAUCUGAUUGGACUUGUGUGUGUUUCUGUCUUCACCUGCAGCUGUUCAUGUGUCUCAUCCAUCAUGGGUGGAGAUGCUGAAGUGUUUCGCGCCUUUUAUUGUUGAGAAGUUCUGCAGGUUCAUCUAGUAACAAGCACAACAAAAGUCCUUCAUCAGCUCUUCAACACGUCACAUCGAUCAGAUCACGUGUGCAGUCAGUCGCAUCAAAUGUGCCAGUCAUGACAGAACAAGUGCCUUUUAUUAUGCAAUUAAAAUGAAUAAAUAUGAA